GGUCUCCAACACUGCUCCUCCUGCUCCUCGUGCUCCUCGUGCUCCUUCUGCUCGGCCAUCCUCCAGCGCAAUGGCAAUGCUUAAUGAGGCCAGCUUGAGUCCUGCGGACGCACAUGCUCAUGCCAACGCCACCACGCCCACGCACAGCAAGGCGGCAGCGAUGGCCAGCGCCACCACAAUGCUGACCACAAAAACGCCGUUCUCCAUCGAGCACAUAUUGUUUCAAAACUUAAAUAGUGCCAGCAAUAACAAUAAUAGUAGUGAUACCAACGGCAUCGCCGCAAACAGCGACAACUACGCGCCAAAGAGCAGCAGAAACGCCGUGAAAAGUGCCAGAAGCGCAUUUGCCCACGACAAUAAUCCGCACAAACAUCCGUCGCAACAUUCGCAUCCGCCGCAGUCACAUCCGCCGGCGUCCGCAUCCGCAUCCGCGACGGCUACUGCCCGCAGCAACCAGGCUGCGUCGGGUUACGCUGGCGAGGAUUACGCCAAGUCCUUGCACAGCACUCCACGGUCCAACCACCACUCACGACAUGGAGCUUCCCACUACAACGGAGAUCAGAUUUCGCAGCAGUUGGGAUCUGGAGCGGCACAACACACGCUGGUGCCCACGACUCAACCUCAACCUCCGCCUCCGCCGCCCCUAAAUGGAGGUAGUGGUGCAUCCAAUGGAGUACUCUAUCCGAAUGCACCCUACACCGAUCACGGAUUUCUUCAAAUGACCCUCGGAUAUCUCUCGCCGUCGUCGGGCACCUACAAGUCCGUGGAUCCCUAUUUUCUAUCACAAGCCAGCCUGUUCGGGGGAGCGCCCUUCUUCGGAGCGCCUGGCUGUGUGCCGGAACUGGCCCUCGGACUGGGAAUGGGCGUGAAUGCCCUGCGCCACUGCCGCCGGAGGAAGGCGCGCACGGUGUUCAGUGAUCCGCAGCUGUCCGGCCUGGAAAAGCGGUUCGAGGGCCAGCGAUACCUAUCCACGCCGGAGCGCGUGGAGCUGGCCACCGCCUUGGGACUCAGCGAGACGCAGGUGAAGACCUGGUUCCAGAACCGCCGCAUGAAGCAUAAAAAGCAGCUGCGCCGACGCGACAAUGCCAAUGAGCCCGUCGACUUCUCACGCAGCGAACCGGGCAAGCAGCCGGGCGAGGCCACCUCCUCCUCCGGGGACUCCAAGCACGGCAAACUGAAUCCCGGAUCCGUCGGCGGCACGCCCACUCAGCCCACGAGCGAGCAGCAGCUGCAGAUGUGCCUGAUGCAACAGGGCUACUCCACGGAUGACUACUCCGAUCUGGAGGCGGACAGUGGCGACGAGGACAACUCCAGCGACGUGGACAUCGUCGGCGAUGCGAAACUCUACCAGUUAACAUAGACAGUUCGAUCGGGAUGAGGACCUGGAUCCUAAAGUAGUAAAGUUUUCGGUGUUUUUUAGUUGGGGAAAUACAACUAAAAGGAAUUGGCGAAUCAAAUAAUUUCCGUUUGAUUUACCAAAUUAAUUUGCUAUUAGACAAGCACAGAAGUUACAAAACAACACAUAUCUUAUCAGCGCGAUAUGGUUAUACCUAUUUCAAAAUAUCUAUUAUUACGAUUUAGUAAGAACUAUAGUUCCUUAUAAUCGUUUUGAACUUGUCCAAAAGAAACCAAAACACUUAUUUUAAUUUAUAUAUUUUGCUAUAAUCAUGGUUGUAUUUCCCCCAGAUAUUUGAAUUGAAUCGAAAAGCCGUGUAAAUACCAACGAGUUCUUGAACGAGUUUUCUAGUCAUGUAUUAAGUCUUAAACUAAUCAAAUUUAGUGAUUGUAUUCGAGAACUUCCAUUUUAAGAUACAUUAGCUCCCUGCGACUUCUUAUCCAGAACAUAGUGCUUACAAUAAACGGAACGGAGCGAAUUACGCGAA